UGCACAGAUAAUGUCCUCUUGCUUCAGUUAACUCUUCAACUACAAUUCCGCUUUUCAGAUACCACAGCAUAUAUUCUCUUCAUUGACUUUCGACGUGCUUUCGACUAUGUACUGCAAGACAAACUCUAUAUGAACACGAAGUACAUUAGAUUUUUCAAGAGCUUUUAUGAUAAAGUGGUCGUGUGCAUUAAAAAGGACUCACAGUAUUCAGAGCCUAUAGAAAUCACCGCAGGCGUCUUGAAGGGGGAGAUACUUAGCUCU